GCGGAGUGGACUCCCUGGGCCUUGCGUUCGGUUCGGCGCCUGCGCGGCCCGACGUCUCCUCGGCCGAGCUGCUGCAAUGUGGAGUCGGCGGCCAGGCCGUCUCAGUGCGCGGGCGUGCGGGGCGGAGGAGCUGCGGUGCCGCCGGCGGGAGCGGGAGGCAGCUCUGCGGAAGGCGCGGAGGGAGCAGCAGUUGGUCAGCAAGAGGCUGCUGAGGGAAGAGGCUCCGGAAGACGCCGGAGGCCAGAGUGCAGUCGUGCUCCUUGGGGAGGCCGAGGUACAGCAGCUCCUUCGGCUAGCCCAACGGGGAACAGAUGAAAAGGAGAGGGAGAAGGCUCUGGUCAGCCUUCGUCGAGGCUUGCAGCACCCUGAAACACAGCGAACCUUUACCAGGCUGGAGGGCAGCAUGCGGACCCUUGUCGGGCUUCUCACCAGCAACCGGGCCCUGUUGCAGCUUGAGGCGGCUAGGUGCCUACAUGAGCUCUCUCAUUCUGAGCAGUCUGCUGUGGCCGAGGCCUGCCUGCCAGCCACUUCCUACCUCCUCACCUACCUCUCUGGUCACAGCUCAGAAUUCAUAGAGCUGUGUCUGUAUACACUGGGGAACCUCAUCGUGGAGAGCGAGGCUGUGAGAAAGCAGCUCCUGCCACAGGGCAUUGUUCCGGCCUUGGCGGCCUGCAUCCAGUCCCCUCAUGUGGCUGUUCUGGAAGCCCUUGGAUAUGCCUUGUCCCAGCUUCUACAGGCUAAGGAAGCUCCAGAGAAGAUCAUUCCAUCUCUUUUGGACUCCAGUCUUCUCCAGCACAUGCUACUGCUGAUGCAGCCAGGCCCGAAGCUGAACCUUGGGGUUGCUGUGGAGUUUGCCUGGUGCCUUCACUACAUCAUUUGCAGCCAGGUCAACAAUGCUAUGCUUCUCUCCCAUGGGGCUCUGCCCACGUUGGCAAUGAUGCUGUUGGAAUUGGCUGGGGCUGUCCAGAGAAUGGAUGAUGUGGGACUGGAGCUACUUGCCUGCCCCGUGGUUCGGUGCCUGAGCAACCUGUUGACAGAAGUGCCAGUGGAGGCCAUGGGAGAGCAGGUGGAGCUCAGAGACGAGCGGGUUGUGGCAGCAGUGUUUAUCCUCCUCCAGUUCUUCCUUCAGAAACAGCCCACCUUGCUGCCUGAGGGCCUCUGGCUCCUCAACAACCUCACUGCAAAUAGUCCCACUUUGUGUACGUCCUUGCUUUCUCUGGAUCUGAUCGAGCCCCUCUUGCAGCUGUUGCCCCUAUCAAGUGUGAUAAGUGUGCUGGUACUUAGAGUUCUGUGCAAUAUUGUGGAGAAGGGUCCCGCUUACUGCCAGCGGUUGUGGCCAGGGCCCUUGCUCUCCCGCCUGCUCAAUACACUGGUUCUCUCUGACACUGAAGUAGUAGGCCAGAGUUUGGAGCUGCUGCAGCUGCUAUUCCUGUAUCUGCCAGAGGCUGCCCAGGCCUUCCUGCAACAGUCAGGGCUGCAGGCCCUAGAAAGGCAUCAGGAUGAAACCCAGCUUCGGGAUAGGAUACUUGCUCUCCAGCAGACGGCUAUUCAUGGAUGACUUGGUUGCCUAAUGUCACCCCAACCCCUGUGGUCUGUUUAUCCCCAGGGUACCCAGUUUGUGUCCGAGGAUAGUCUUAAACCUGAGAUUGUCUUGUUUCAUCCUCUUAAGCAAGUUGGUUAAUGACAUGUGACACCACAGCCAGCAGCUGGUGGUCUGUGAUGAGAAAUAAAAUUGUAGUUUAUGUAAAA